AGGAGAAGGAGCUCCUCAAGGAGAUGUCGGAGCUGAAGAAAAACCGCCCGAAGGUCGCCCAGGUUAACAAGAUGGGUGAGGAGCUGAGCAACUUCGACGCCGGCGGCAGCAAUGUCAAAGAAACGCUGCAAAAGAUCAGCGAGAACAUCAGGACAUGGAUGCAGGCGAAGGCCGAGGUUCUCGAGGAGAGAAAGGCGCUCGAGAAGGAGUACGAGGGGAAGCUCGGCGAUCAAAACGUCUACGAGGAGCGCAACAAGCUCAAUGAGCAGAUCAGGGCGAAGAUGGAGGAGAGGAACGGCAUCCGCGACGCGUUCAGGGAGGAGGAGAAGAAGUACAAGGAGGCUAUGUGGAAGAAGAAGCAGGAACAGCAGGAGAGGUACGCCGCCGAGCGCGAGGCCAGGCAGAAGGAGUACGAGGAGCGAAAUCGCCAGAGGAGGGCUGAGAAGGUGGACGAGCAGCCGUUCGUGAUGGAGAUCACGCUCAUUGAGCAGACGAUGAAGUUCUGCACGAGCCUGGUCAGCGGAAGGGAAGAGAAGAAGGAGGAGGAGAAGAAGGACAUCGACCACAAAAACAUGGACGGCCUCCAAGUGCUCGGAAAGAAAGACGAGCGCGACGAGUUCUGGUUCGAGCCCACUAAAGGCAAGAAGAGCAAGGGCUCGAAGCCGAAGGGCGAGAAGACUGGCAGCUCCAAGCCAAUCAAGCACAACGCGGAGACAUUCCAGCUCUUCGACAAGCUCAAGCUUGAUGCCCCCAUCACUCUCGACGACAUACCGCCGACCUUGGAGAAGCUCGAGGCCAAGCUCGUGGUCUUCCAGAAGAAGGUUGCAGAGUGGGAAGUCACCAGGGAGGAACGCAAGGCCAAGAUCCUCGCGGGCGGAGACGUGGAGGACGAGAAGGAGGACAAGCCGGAGCCCAAGGAGGAGAAAAAGGACGAGAAGGAGGAGGAAGCAAAGGCAGAAGAGAAGGAGGACGAGUGAAUGAAGUGCUGGCUAGCGUGCACCAUUAGACUUAGCGCACUGACUUCGCAACGAGUAGCGGCGACUUCUGAACUCGCAUACGUACUUUCCUUGCCUGGGCGCAGCGCAUGUGCCAGCAUCUCCACUCUUUUCUGGCUCCGCUCUGUACUUCGUACACUGUGCACGCUGUGACCAGUCACGCAGGUGUCUGGAGGGGAG